UGAUGCACACAUGGCUUUUUCUGACACUUUACUCGAUGAGUGGGUCAGAAGACGUUUCGCCGUAAUUAAAUGACACGCAAAGAGAAAAGCAAUUAUACUGUGGACUAAUUCAUCGCCAUGAAAGAGCAGGAGCUUCCCAGAUAAAAGCGCAAAACUACAGGCCAUUGAGAAGGUUACGCAGGUUAUGUUUUUAAAUGGCGACUAACCGCACCUCCUUUUCCAUUCACAACAUAUUAAACACAGGACUUGAUUGCGAGAAAAUUAGCGGUCUUUCUGAGGAAUGCGCACAUGAGCGGGUUCACGGAGAGAGAGAGGCGCGGGAUUGUUCGAGCUCAUCUCUGCCGGUGAACGCUGGAGCUGAGAGCGCGCAGAGGCGCAUCUCUUCCUGUGCGCUCGAGCUUGACUCCUCAUCCUCUGAGCAGCACUCAUGUGAGGAAGAAUCAACGGGAGGAGAAGACAAUUCACUCGAAAUACCACACGAUCAUGACACGGACCAACAGAAAUCACAGAGCUGCAACUUUGAAGAUAACAACCCCAAAUCGAGCAAAAAGAGGUCACGGGCAGCGUUUUCUCACGCACAAGUAUAUGAGCUGGAGCGGCGCUUUAACCUGCAGCGGUACCUGUCCGGACCAGAGCGGGCAGACCUGGCAGGAGCACUCAAACUGACCGAGACACAGGUGAAGAUCUGGUUCCAGAACAGGAGAUACAAAACUAAGCGCAGACAAAUGGCAGCCGAGCUUGCGACAACUCCUACGACAACACUGGCUAAGAGAGUGGCAGUGAAAGUCCUGGUGAGAAACGACCAGAGGCAAUACAACACUGAAGAGCAGCCCAGUCCGUCUGUUCCUCCAUUAUACCAGUCAUUCCCUUACUAUCCUUACAUGCUCUGCUUCCAGCCGUGGAACUCAGGCAACUCUUUAAGUGGUGGCCUGUACUGAUUUACUGGAGUUAUAGCAUCAUGUGGAAACUGAUUGUGGAGACACAAACAUACAGCCACAAACACAGUUCGUUUAUGCAGAAGAGAACAGAGUAAACAAAACUGUCAUUUCUCCAUGGAUUAAAAAUGCAGCAAGUAUAAAAC